UCCACUGUAAGAUCCAACCAUGGCAGAUACAAACACACUCCUUCUGACAGUGACUGAGGAUUUUUCUGUCCAAAUGGGCAUACCACCUCUACAUCGUCUAGAUCGUUAUAAGGAGAGAGCGUCCAUUUUGGGAAAAGUUAACAACAUCAGCCAUCUAGCUUGUAGUCCAGAUGGGGAACUCUUCUGUAUCCGUCAGGGGGACCUAUACAGAGGUCCAAUGCCUUCCAAGAAAGAUGUUGAUUGGUUCACAUUGGCUCAAAGAGUUGGAAGAAUUGACUGGGAUAGAGCUAGACGUAUUUUAUUCCACCCCGAUGGAGAGUUUUAUGUGGUCACCAAUAAUGGAGAAAUGUAUAAAGGUCCUGCGCCAGAUAAUGAGCAUUUACCAUGGUUCUAUGCUGUGGCAAAACGAAUAGGAGAUAAGUAUUGGAAUGAGUAUAAUAUCUUGUUCUUUGAUCUAGAAGGAUUAUUAUAUGGUGUGCACACAGACAAAUUUUACAAUGGUGCACCACCUACAGAGGAAAAUGCUUCAUGGAUCCGCACCUGUAUUGGAGGAAGAGACUGGGAAAGGCUCACUUACUUUAUGGGCUAUACUCUUGAUAAAAAGCUGUGGAGUGUAGAUAAAUAUAACGGAAACGUCUACAGAGGAGACACACCGACACCACAACAACUACACUAUUUAAUUAAUGCUGAUUACUUAGGAUGGAGUUUCAACCAAUACAGAUUUUUGGCUUUUACAAAAGACAAAACAAUUAAGAAUAUUAUCAGCUUUGAAUUCCUGACUGACCAGGGAGACAAAACAUCUGAAACCCCUGAAGUAUUGGAGGAGAAGAUCUACGACAACAGAAAAAGCACUUCUAUUCUUAGACACAGCUUCAAAAUUAGCAAAACUUUAAAGGAGUCCAGCAGUUUUACCCAUGAACAUGGAUUUACAUUUGAAGCCGGAGUUGAGACGACUUUUAAGAGUGGAAUUCCACGUAUUGCUGAAGCAGGUGUGACUGUAAAAAUGAACAUGAGCACCACCCAUAACUGGAACUUCACAAAGACCAAUGAGACUGAGUCCAACUUCGAAUCGAGCACAGAUGUAGAACUGGAGCCCGGUAAAGCCAUUCGGAUGGUGGCCUCAGUGUUAAAAGCUCAAAUAACCGUCCCUUACAAGGCCAAGGCCCGGACCAUGUUUGGCGCUGAGGUUGAAGUUAUGGGAAAGUGGUUUGGGGUCUCACAUUACAACCUCAUGGUUAAACAGGAGGAUUUCACCAAAUAGAUGAUCACAUGUCCAAGGAUUUUCCAUUUCCAA